GAGUACCUGUUCAUGGUCCAGGCCAGAGGGAUCCAGAUCCGUGAGAACGUGAAGAACAUCGGCGCCCAGGUUCUAGAGCAGGUGGUGAGAGGAGCGUACAGUGCCAACAGCACAGACUAUACGUAUGACUUCAACCCAGUUGAGAGUGACGAUCCAGCCACCUCGUACCUCCCUGAGGGCUUCACGUACCUAUCCUCCCAGCUCUGCCCCGAGAAACUGCCUACCAUGAACGGCAGGUUGCAGGUUAAUAUGAGUGAGGUGUCUCUGGAGGAUGUGGAGCGCGUGCUGUUGGCAGCAGAGCCAAGCUUGUCCCCAGGAGGCUACUGGAAGCCACAGGACUGUGUUCCCCGCUGGAAGGUGGCGAUCCUGGUCCCUUUCAGGAACCGUCAUGAGCACCUGCCUAUCCUCCUCAACCACCUGGUGCCAGUACUGCAGAGUCAGAGGCUGCAGUUUGCAUUCUAUGUCAUAGAGCAGACAGGGACAGAGCCGUUUAACAGGGCCAUGCUAUUCAAUGUGGGCUUCAAGGAAGCCAUGCGAGACAACUGGGACUGCCUUGUGUUCCACGACGUCGACCACCUCAUGGAGAACGACAGGAACUACUACGGCUGUGGAGAGAUGCCUCGUCACUUCGCCGUCAAGCUCAACAAGUACUCCUACAUGCUUCCGUAUAACGAGUUCUUCGGUGGCGUCAGUGGUCUCACGGUGGAACAGUACAGAAAGAUCAACGGCUUUCCCAAUGCAUUCUGGGGCUGGGGAGGGGAAGAUGAUGAUCUAUGGAACAGGGUGCAGUAUGCCAACUAUACUGUCAGUCGGCCGCAGGGUGAACUUGGUCGGUACAUGUCCAUCCCUCACCAUCACCGUGGAGAGGUCCAGUUUCUGGGCAGGUAUACUCUGCUGCGCCAUUCUAAGGAGAGACAGAGUCUGGAUGGCCUUAACAACCUGCACUACUCCCCCCUGGUGUCCCGGAGGCCUCUCUACACCAACGUUUCUGUCAGCCUGAGCCGACAGUUAGCCCAGAUUGCGGACUACUAACCAGGCGUUCCUCCUAGGCCACGAAGGCUGUCGACCAUGUCGCUAGUCUCAGCACUGCUUUGAACCUUACUGAUAUGCAUUUCAUUUUGUUUUUGUUGUUUGGAUGCAAAAAAAAAAAAAGGAGACACGCAGAAGUAUGUUGGUUAAUCAUAUGAGAGUAAGGAUAAGACUCGUUCAUGAUCCAUCGCUCCUCUCAUCCGGGCUUCUCCAGUCUUCUGUCUCCACCUGCCUUUCACACCAUUUUGGCCUUUAACAUUGACACAUUCAUUCAUUAUUUCAGUAAUUCGUUAGUCAUUUUUUCGAUUCGAUUUUUAUUCUCAUUCCUCGGCUCACUGUGUCACCGUCCUGUCAAGCUUCCUGUCUGGGUCUCAUCCAACAUGAACACGUUCUCAACCUGCAGACAGGUAGCCAGGACACAGUAUAUAACACAGCCACAAAUACAGUACAUACACACACUCACACACAACCACACAUACAGUACAUACACACACACACACACACUAACGCACAUGCAGUACAGUGUGCACACACGUGCACACACACACAGGCUGACCUAUUCCUGAAACAUUUGGUUAUCUGCUCCUGCACUGAAUAUUUUCAGUUAUAUGAUAAUAUAAAUUAAGAAAGAGACAAAGGCGCACUAUGUCUCUCUCUCUCUCUCUCUCUCUCUCUCUCUCUCUCUCUCUCUCUCUCUCUCUCUCUCUCUCUCUCUCUCUCUCUCUCUCUCUCUCUCUCUCUCUCUCUCUCUCUCACCAACCACACAUGCACACACACAGACCCUUGCAGCUGGCUCUGUAUAGGGUAUGCCAAAUCUAUUGAGUGUGCAUGAACAGUGGCAGUGUAACGAGGACGCGGUUGGAUACGAAAUGUGUAGCUACUGUAUACUGUAUGUACAAAGUGUAGCAUGCUAGUGUGUAUACUACGUGUGCUAAUCCUUAGAUCGACGUGGACAUGUUCUGCGUCUAGGCUGUGGCAAUGUGUUUGACGCCAGCAAGACGUCAUCAGCUCCAAUUCCCUGCUCAGGCUGCUUUGGAAUCACUUUGUCUAACCUACCGUUUACAAUGAUCUACAUGCAUUACAACCUCUACUAGCUCUGGCCAUACUGUGUAGUGACAUACAAAAGGACAGUGGAUAGCUAUUAGAGUAGACGAGCCCUGUAUACAAACCACACUGUAGACCCACCUUUGCCCAAACAAACAUGCUAGGCAGCUGGCCACUCAGAGCUUUCACAAAUUUGUUUGUUUGUGUGCGCGCGCGUGUGUGUGAAUAAGGGAGGAGCUAUGCAAAAGCAUACCAGUCAGCGUCCUGUUCUUCAUGCUUCUCUGGGGGGAUGUCCCAGAACACAUCCCCCCCCCCCCCCCCAACUGAAAAAUAUUCACUGUUGACCUUGUGACGUGGACGGAAGAUGCCGGAAACCAGGGAGAGAAACAGUGUUUGUGUCUCAGUAUCUACUUUCUAGCUGUAUCGUUUGCUCACCUGCAUUUCUAUAGUCAUAGAGCUGCAGGAGAUGAUAAAAGCCAGUGUCUGUCUAGGAGACACUGCGUCGUGUUUACAGAAGACCAUCGGGACAGGACUUUAACGUUGCACAGCCACUGAUUAUCCACCAAAGUCAAAUGAGUGGCCAAGAGGCACCACAGCCAUUAUGGUGUUAGCACCCCGGCUAAUCUAUGGCCUGUGUGUGGCGUUUGUAUGCACUGCCUUGUGGUGGUACACAAAAUACUGGCUUUUGACGCGCAGGGGGUGUGUCAACUAAUGAAUCUUGUUAGUAUCGAUGGAAGGCCCCCUCACAGCACACAGCCACCCUUAGCGCAUACGUCCCUUUGUGUUCCUCUGUGUGUUUGACAGUGUUAAUUUGAAUGACGUUUUUAGUAGUAGUUCUCUCUUGAAAGCUAUAUCGACACAUUUUCCCUCUCCUGCCUAUGGUAUAUGUCUGCCCUUUAGACAGCUUCAACUGAGCUUCUGUUAGUUCAUGUCACACAGAUCGCCUUGUCUAAACAUUGACUUUUGGAGGGGGGGGGGGGGGAGUACCUGUUUAAUUGUUGUUCCUAUUAUGAUGUGAGGCUGGACCUCAUUUAUUUAUUGAAUCUUUUAUGAAUUACUUUCAGUGUUUGUUUUUUGUUGCAGGUGUGAUAAUAUAAUUAUAUAGUUGAAAACAAAUGACAGACUGUGUUAGAAGCACUGAUCCUAGUUCUGGUUUCAGACUGAAAUGUUGAGAUUCAAACCUGUAUGGAAUUAUGUGUAUGUCAGGGACGGGGCUAUUCCAAAUAGCAUUUUCUAUUAACUUGAUUCACUUGUUAAUCUGAUUAAAAAGGCACUGGAGGUGGUAGAAGCCAUUUUGUAUGACGACCACAGAGAGAACUGCUUGAUGUCACUUCCUCUCAUUCUACACCUCUAAUUUCUUGAUAAUCCACUAUGCUGAAACAUCAGGCAUUGGGAAACAUCAGGCAUUGUGAAACAACGGGCAUCUUCUGGGAGUGUCUCUCCCAUACGUGCUGUAACCACUCAGUAACAAUUGAAAACAUUAGAUGUUGAUGCCCAAUAGAUGUCCAUGAUUUAUAUGUAGGUAUAAGUUUUCUUUUAUCAGAUAAGUUAUGUUUACCUUGUUAAGCCAUUAAUUCCGAGGUGUAUAGUGGGGGGGGGGGAAGAGAGAGAAGAGACUAAAGUUUUCUUCUCUAAGUGUGUUUGAGUGAAAUGGCUGGACCUGUCUGUGCCACUUGGCCUCAGUGUCUUUCACGUCAGAAGUUUGUUUUUGUUUUCGUUGGUCCUCCAGCUCAUGUCAAAUGGCCUAGCUCUAUAGGUUUCCACACUCACAAUACUGUACAUCCUGUUUGAUGUCCAAUCAAUGAAGAGUGUACUGUAGUUCACAGAAACAACAGACCCUGAGAAUACUGUAUACCUGGAAGAAGUCGAAGUGAGGGCCUCAGGAUUAAUAUUGUUGUUGUUGUUGUUGUUUUGACCGACCACGAGUCAGUGACUUGACUUCCCAAAGUAGAAUCACAGAGCGAGCUAUCUCUGACAAGAACUCAUCGUAACUAAAUAUAACUGAUGGGUUUUAGUUGUCAACUGGUUAUCAAGCCAGGCGUGUCUGUGCUAAAUAUCAUGAUAGCUAGCUGGUCAGUAGUGAUCCAUCAUAGUGACCCCAGUGCUCAGUGUGUUGGUCACUGCCUUGUCUGCCUCUGGGCCAGGCUCACCCAUUCCAUUCUGUGCCAGUCUAAAUGACGGGCCCUCCACUGCACACAGUGCCCUGACAUGACUGGCAGCCUUAAACUCUUUCAUUUAUUUAAGUGAUUUUACACAGGUUUUUAUUUUUUUAUAAGCAAAUCUAUUUAAAUGGAAAGUGCGUCUCGACUAACGUCCACUGUAAAUAUUGCCAUGUGUAGUUUUAGAAGAAAAAUGAAAUAAAGGCCUGUGGAUGCUAGGUGAACAAAUGGGGCUAUGUAGGGGUUUGGUUGAUGUCUGUCUGGAGAUGUGAGCGUUACACUUAAGCCAGUUGGGCUCCUUGAAAGCUUUCACAUCCCUGCUUCCCCAGCUCACCCUCUCAUGAGGACGAAGGUGAGGUUCGUUCUCUCCCUUCUCUCCUGGAUCUCUGCCCCCAACUGGUCAAGCACUAGAAGCUGCCAAGAGAGAACUCCCAAACAGCAAACCCGAAAUCCCUUUUGUACUGGAGUAACAGCUGUAGGCAGGACACAGGUCCACAUUUAUCACUGUAGGAUUUAAAAAGCACUGCAUCAGCCAAUAUGUUCUUGCGCAAUAUUGCUUGCCAUGCUUACGAUGGGGAAGGCACCCAAACCCAGCUUGGCUACCAACUCCACUUCCUGCAAUCUAGAAAAAGUGUUUUUGUAUGAAAGUAAAUUAUAACAAAAAAUGAAUAAAUACCUAUCUAAAUUUAAAUAAUCUCUUUUCAGAUUGGAAGGAGUGAUAUUCUCUUUUGAAUUGAAGCCAUUUGAAGCCACUUGUAAAACUUGAUGUGGGCCUUGUGUAUCUGUUUGUGUAUCGACAUUAUCUUUUGAUUAUUCAAAUUUUUAUGAUGGAGAUUUUUUUUUUUACCAUAGUUGUUAAUGUAAAUACACCAAUAAAUUGAACUUCAAAAGAUG